CUUGUUUCUCCCUAAUCCACUAGCGUUUGGCCUUCAAAUGCCAAUUCACGGGGACACGCCUCUCGAGGAUGACUGAAGAGCACACGAGCAAGACACGCGCUGGCUACGGGACAAUAAAACAUACCGUCUCUGGCCAACAGCACGCUCCUCUGGCCAACAGCCCGUUCCCCUGUGCCUCGUGCAACCUCUCUGCCGACCGCGUAAUCAACGCCGCGCGCAACAUCCUCAUCAGGUGUCUCGCUGCAUCUCAAGCACAGAAAGGUAUGAUCAUGAUUGGUCUUGUAAAGAAAUUGAGACCUGAAAGACUGAAAGAUCUUUGGAGUAAGACUAUCAGCUCAUCAAUGUACUACAAGGGUAGUCUUUUCUUGUUGUUUAAAAUAUGGAUUGCAUAAAACUUAUAUAAAAAAAACAAAAAAAAAA